AUGGACCAACACAAGACCGAUGACAAUCUCCGUUACAUAGGUGGCCUCACACGUGUUCUCGCCGCCUAUGCCUCCAUUUCCUUUGCAGAUUUGAGGUGUCAAUUGUCGGACAAAGGUGUUCAGAACGCCGAAGCCGGUGAUGCCGACGAUGAUGAUUUUUCCAUAGCCAAAGGGGCUGCCGCUUCUUCUUCCUUUCUGCGGCUGCCAUUGAAGAAGCUCUUCUUUGAAGAGCUGGAUACACCGAACUCGGCAAAGUCGUUUUACAACUCAGAAGCAUGUCUAGCCAUGGUUUGUAUAAUGUUUUUUCUUGGUGUCCUACCCAUUGCUCUUGUAUCUUUCUGGCAAUAUGGAUUUAAUCCUCAUGAAAAGAAAAAAGAAGAAGAACCGAAGCAAAUCCACGAGAUUAAGGAUUUCCUUCUAACUGCAAGAAGGAAGUAUGCACGCUCUGUCAAAAUCAAGAGGAGCAAAGAUGCUGUCAAGUUUAAGGUUCGAUGCUCCAAGUACCUCUACACUCUUUGCGUGUUUGAUUUGGAGAAGGCCGACAAGUUGAAUCAAUCCCUUCCUCCAGAGAGGAGUUCAAGUUUGAGAAAGACCAAGUCACAGAUUUUCACAAACAGAUCUGCUUGUAAAUUGAAAUUGGGGGACCUGAAAGGAGCACUAUUAGACACCGACUUUGCAAUGAGGGAUGGAGAAGAUAAUGUUAAGGCUUUGUUUCACCAAGGUCAGGCAUACAUGGCGCUUAAUGAUAUUGAUGCUGCAGUUGAAAGCUUCAAAAAGGCAUUGGAUCUGGAGCCAACUGAUUGUUUGUCUCUCAUUGAAAAGGCAUUGGAUUGCGUCCUUAUAUCCAGUAAGUGGAUUGAAACAACUCAGCAAUUCCCGAAUUCCAGAAUUGGCACCAAGACCGUGGUGGCGGUUUCCUCCAGUGAGCUUGAAGCAAUCGUGACCAGUAUUGCGUUCAACAUAAGGAGCGUCGAAAAUCAUCUCGUGACAGAAGUUGAGUUACGAAGAAAUCGGUAA